AUGAAGUGGACUGUUUUUGCGGCAGCUUCCCUGCUAGCCCGAGGGGCUCUUGCUACUACCCCGAAUGUUGUCAUUAAGGGUUCCAAGUUCUUCUACGCCAACAAUGGAACUGAAUUUUACAUUCGAGGCAUUGCCUAUCAGGAAUACGCAGAGAACUACAAUGGUGGAGGAUCCAAUGGUACUGGCGAGGCCAGCACUACGGGUUACACCGAUCCCCUCGCCGAUGCCACCAGCUGCUCGCGCGAUAUUCCUUACCUGACCCAGCUGCGCACGAACGUUAUCCGAACCUACGCGGUUGAUCCCACCAAGGACCAUGACGACUGUAUGCAGCAGCUGGCUGAUGCAGGCAUCUAUGUCAUCACCGAUCUGGCAUCGCCUGAUGUAUCGAUUGAUGCCAACGAUCCCGUCUGGACGGUCGACCAGUACGAGCGGUACACCAGCGUGAUCGAUACCUUCCAGAAGUAUGAUAACGUGAUUGGCUUCUUUGCGGGUAACGAGGUUGUCAACACCCCCAACCAGACGGAUGCCGCAGCCUUCGUCAAGGCCGCGGCUAGAGAUAUGAAGUCCUACAUCAAGAGCAAAGGAUAUCGCGACACACUCUCCAUUGGCUAUGCCACAACCGACCAGUCAGAUAUCCGGACCUCGCUGUCAAACUAUCUCAACUGCGGGGACCAGUCAAAUGCAAUUGACUUCUUUGGUUACAACAUCUACGAGUGGUGCGGAGACCAGACUUACCAGUCCUCCGGAUACGAAGACCGCACCAACGAAUACAGCAACUACUCCAUCCCCGUCUUCUUCUCCGAGUACGGCUGCAACACCGUGAAGCCUCGCAAAUUCACCGAUGUCCCCGUCCUCUUCGGUCCCCAGAUGAACGACGUCUGGAGCGGCGGUAUCGUCUACAUGUAUUUCGAGACGGACAAUGACUACGGCCUCGUGUCUGUCAGCGGCAGCUCCGUCUCCACCGAAGUCGAUUUCAGCUACUACUCCAAGGAAAUCCAGAGCGCAACCGCCACCGGAACCAACAGCGCUAGUUACACCCCUACCAACUCCCCCCGCGCAUGCCCCACCGUGGACGGCGAGAACUGGCUGGCGAAAUCCAGCCCCCUCCCACCAACCCCGGACAGUCAACUCUGCUCCUGCGUCGUGGAUACUCUGUCCUGCGUCGUCAGUGACUCCGUAGACUCGAAGGACUACGCCACCCUUUUCGGAGAAGUCUGUGGGUAUGGCGCGAACAUCUGCGAUGGUAUCGCUCACAACGCUACGACCGGAACAUACGGUGCCUACAGUGUCUGCAGCAGCAAGGAUCAACUCUCCGUUGCGUUCAACGCUUACUACAAGAGUCAGAACAGCGACAAGUCGGCGUGUAACUUCAACGGUGCCGCGAAGGUUCAGUCCGCGCAGUCUGCUUCGGGAACUUGCAAGUCCCUUGUUAGUCAGGCUGGUGGUAGUGCUGGAACGGGCACUGUUUCUUCGGGUGGAGGUGCUGCUAGCACUUCUACCUCUAAGGGAGCUGCUUCUCAUAUGGUUAGCCCCGCUGCUGUCUAUGUGAAUGGCUGGUUUGCGAUAACCUCUUUCGUUGUGGCUGCUGUCACGGGUUCCCUUAUGGUGGCUCUUUGA